AUGGGCAACGCGAGGCGUUUCGCGAUGAUACCCGGGCCCAAGCCCCUGCCGAUCAUUGGUAACUCCUGGCGGUUUGCCCUCGGCCAGAAGCCGUGGCGAACUAAAUCGCUCGACGCCACACUGUGGAGACUACGAGAAUUAGCCGGCUCCGGUGGCGCGGCGAAGGUGGCGAAGCUCUUCGGUCACCCUGACCUGGUGUUCCCGUUCUGCGCUGAGGAGACGGCGAAGAUAUAUAGACGAGAAGACUCGUUACCAUAUAGAGCGGUCGCGCCGUGCCUGAAGCACUACAAACAGGAGUUGAGGAAGGACUUUUUCGGUGACGAGCCAGGAUUGAUUGGAGUUCACGGGAUGCCGUGGUCGAAAUUCCGGUCGAAGGUGUCAAAAGCGCUUGCGUCCCCGGAAGCAGCAAGAUCUGCGGUUCCUUGCCUAGAUUACGUCGCUGAAGACUUUGUCAAAAAAAUGGAGAGCCUGCUUGAUGAAAACAGCGAGCUGCCAAAAGAUUACCUCACCGAACUCUACAAAUGGGCAUUGGAGUCUGUUGGAGCUUGGGCCUUGGGAACAAGACUGGGCUGCUUGAGCAAUGAUGAUGUCGCCGCUAAGGAUAUAAUCAGGAGCAUCCACGGCUUCUUCCACAGCGUGCCCGAGUUGGAGCUAUCAGCGCCGCUGUGGAGAUUGUAUUCUACCCCAGCUUACAAAACCUACGUAGAUGCGUUGGAUUCCUUCAGAUCGCUCUGCUUAAAGAGACUGACUGAUAAAGGGAUCUGUGCCAGCAUCGCGAAGGUGUCUGGGGAGAAGGUGGCGACGAUUUUAGCGUUGGAUCUGCUGCUAGUCGGCGUUGACACAACAGCGGCUGCUGCGGCUAGCACUGUGUACCUUUUGGCGAAGAAUGAAAGAGCACAAAGGCGGCUGCAAGGGGAGCUGGACAAGAAUCUUCCUGCGGGAAGGAUACUCAAUAGCAGAGACCUGGAUCGGCUUCCAUAUCUACGCGCCUGUUUAAAGGAGGCCUUGAGAAUUAAACCAGUGAUAUUGGGGAACGGUAGAUGCAUUCAAUCGGAUGCCGUAAUUUCUGGAUAUGAAGUACCCAAAGGGUCGCACAUAGUAUUCCCGCACUACAUAAUGUCGAACGAAGAGAGGUACUUCCCCUCGCCGGAGGAAUACGUGCCCGAGAGAUGGCUAAGGGACGCCAAACACCAAAGUGACACAGAGCCCCACACAGUGGACGUGUGUCGCCGGCAGAGGGUAGUUGGCAUUCACCCCUUCGCGUCCCUGCCUUUCGGAUUCGGACGGCGAAUGUGUAUUGGAAAGAGAUUCGCGGAAGUUGAACUUCAGUUAUUGCUUGCCAAGAUAUUCCACAAAUACGACGUAUCAUGGCGUCACGGCGAGCUGACGUACAGCGUAACCCCUACUUACAUCCCUAACGAACCACUCCAGUUCACCCUGAAGCAUAGGGACAAGAGAUGCCAAUAA